CCUCCGGUGGUGCAGCCGUGUUGUUGUUAUUGUGGUGUUGGCGCGUCCGGCUGCUGCGGACCCCGCCGAGUCCUAGCGCCUGGCCUGGGCGCAGCUGCGGCGGGCCUGACCCACUGCUGCGCCGUAGGAAGAGAUUCACUGAGUGCCAGAUGAAAAAGUUGGCUUGUGCUUAAAAGCCAUGUUAUUAAAAAAAAAAAUUCUUGAAAUGCUGCAGUUGGACUCAGCAAGUCGAGAUGCCACAGCUAAGACCUGUUGAAGGAAUAGUGAAUUGACAUCUCCCAUUGCACUACAUUCUACAAAAUAUACUCAUUGAGGAGAAGGGUGCUGUAAACCCUUGUACUUUUAUAUUUUUGAGGAUUGGAAGUGCUAGAGCCAGCCAGCUUUUUAUAUGAUUAAUUUAUUUUUGGAAAUCAAGUGCAAUAUUGGAAGCCAUUUCUACUAAUUUUAUUUCAUUUUUAAAUUUAUGAUUUGAUUUGAAUACUAUCAUGGGAGGAGCUGUGAGUGCUGGGGAAGAUAAUGAUGACUUAAUUGAUAAUUUAAAAGAAGCUCAGUAUAUCCGUACUGAAAGAGUGGAGCAAGCCUUCAGAGCGAUUGAUCGUGGCGAUUACUAUUUGGAAGGCUACAGAGACAAUGCUUACAAAGACUUAGCCUGGAAGCAUGGAAACAUCCACUUGUCAGCACCUUGCAUUUAUUCUGAAGUUAUGGAAGCAUUGAAACUUCAACCAGGAUUGUCUUUUCUUAACCUGGGAAGUGGAACCGGAUAUUUAAGUACAAUGGUGGGCUUAAUUUUAGGUCCUUUUGGAAUAAAUCAUGGAAUUGAACUUCAUUCAGAUGUGGUGGAAUAUGCCAAGGAAAAACUGGAGAGCUUCAUCAAAAAUAGUGAUAGCUUUGAUAAAUUUGAGUUCUGUGAACCUGCAUUUGUUGUUGGUAAUUGCCUCCAGAUAGCAUCUGACAGUCAUCAGUAUGAUCGAAUUUAUUGUGGAGCUGGAGUUCAGAAAGACCAUGAAAACUACAUGAAAAUAUUACUAAAAGUCGGAGGCAUAUUAGUCAUGCCUAUAGAAGAUCAGAUUUGUGAGUCAGACUCUGGGCAGAAGAGACUUCGUAAAUUGCCUCCCUGUGCUGUCAGGAAUCUACAGGACUUGGCACGUAUUUACAUUCGACGCACACUUAGAAAUUUCAUAAAUGAUGAGAUGCAGGCCAAGGGGAUUCCUCAAAGGGCUCCACCCAAGAGGAAAAGAAAGAGAGUUAAACAGAGAAUUAAUACUUACGUAUUUGUGGGUAAUCAGCUUAUUCCUCAGCCUCUAGACAGUGAGGAGGAUGAAAAAAUGGAAGAAGAUAACAAAGAAGAGGAAGAAAAAGAUCACAGUGAAGCAAUGAAGCCAGAGGAGCCACCUCAAAAUUUACUGAGAGAAAAAAUCAUGAAGCUGCCCCUCCCUGAAUCUUUAAAAGCUUACUUGACAUAUUUUAGAGACAAAUAACUUACUUAGGUCAAGAACAAAGAAUGUCUACUGAUAAUUCCUUUAGUCUUGAAAAUGUAGCAUUUGUUAGGAGUUAAAAGAGAGAAUUAUUUCUUUCAUCAGAGUAAAUUAUAGUGCAAAAGAGUAUAACUUGUGUCAGUAACAAAAAUGACGUAUUCAGUGAUUAAAAGAAUCCCUUUUAUAAAAUCUAUUUUUCUUUAAAUCUUGGAAAAAUGUUUUAGCUCAGAAUGAUUUCAAAGUGGAAUGCAACAGUAGUUAAGACUUGUGUACUAUAAAUCCUUUUCUGAUUCUUUACAGAUUUCUGGUGGUGAGGGUUAGAUUUAAUUUUAUAUAAGGUUUAAAUAAUUGUUCAGCUUAUAUGAUCUGAAUUGCAGUUGUUUGCAUUUCCUCUAUGAAAACUUUGUUUAUCUAAUAAGGAGAUCAAAUGCUUUGUAGACCUAUUUACCUUACUUUUCUUGCAAUCACUGUUGCUGGAUUGCUGUACAUUUAUUCUGGGCAAUAUAUGAGUGCAAUAGCAAUACAAGAUAUUGAAUAAUUUAGCUUUAAAAAAAUCCCACAAAUUUUAUGAAAUUUUACAGCCCUGCUACUUUUGCUUUUGAAUCUCUUGCCAAAAGACAUGGGUAAAAUAUCUGCUUCUCUCAUAGAGAUUUUUAAGAGCACAGCAAGUGAAUUAUUAAAAUAGAAAGUAUAUACUAUUACUUUGUAUGGACCCUUUACAUUUUCACUAUUUAAAAAAAUGAGGUUAUCUUAACUCUCUAGACUUAAAAGUAUGGUUAGAAUUGUUUUUUCUGUAGUUCACUGUAUAAAGUAUUUGUUUUUUUAAAAAAGCAAAACCAUUGUUAUCUGUGACUCUUGAUAGGACAUAGAAUGAGUGAAUGAGCAUGAAUGAUGGCCCCCCUUUUGGAUGGCUCCGUUAAGUAGCAGGGCCAGGGUAGACCUGGUCAGUGGAUGCACUUUAGCAGAUGGAACUUCUAGUUUAUCUGAAUAUUUAUCUUUGACAAGGUAGGGCUGAGCUUGCCUACAUUUGCUUUGGAUCUUUCUAGUAUGGGAAAUAUUCACAGGAAUUAUGUGUAGAUAUCUUUUGUUUUGAAAAUCCUGUUCAGAAAACAGUGUAGUCUUUGGGACCCAUGCUGUAUUCAUUUCACUUCUUCCCAUAUUUUUUGUGUUUCUUUUGGUAAAACUAUAAUGGUUUUCAUUUUUUACUUAAUAUCACACAGUUAAACUGUUCAUAUUUGAGCUGUAUUGUAGCUUAUCAGUGAUAAAACAGGUAGUAACUGCCAUUUGUUUUCCUAGUAAGGCCUGAAAACAGCCAUUCCUUGUUAAGAAAUUGUACAAUGUAACAUACUUACUAGUGUUACAUGGAUUAUAUAUUUCUUAUUGGGAAAAAUUUGAGGGUAUCAUGGACUACCACCAGCAUUAUUACUGCAGUAGUUGCUCAGAUUUUGUCAAGGAAUCCCAAUCAAUGCAUAAUGAAAGGAUUAUUAUCUCUCGGCUAAGAUUCAGAUAGUGUUUCAAAAAUCUCAUCUCCAGUAAUUCCACAACAUCUAAAAACAAGUGUUUAUAAUCAUGUAAGCAUGAAAUUGUCCCAAGUAAGUGAGGAUAUUUUAGUUAUGUGAAAGAUAGUUUCAUGGAAGGUAUUUGUUUUAUUCCAGUGGCUGGGUUGGUGGAAUUGAGGGUAUUUCUACAGUUAUUCGUAGGUGAUUACUAAACUGCUAAGAAAUGCCCCAUGUCGUUUGUAUCUAGGAAAGAAAAAAAAAUCAGUUUUCAUACUGUCAUCUGUCAGAAAUGUUCAGUUUGUUUUGAAUUAAAUGUUGCUUUUGAAGUUUAAUCUUGAAUUCCUGGUGGCAUGUUUUUAUAUAGAAAACCUGGGGAAAGUUAUCAUCUGUCUCAUCUCCCCUGCUUUUUUCCCCCCCUUUGGUUGGAGCUGCUGUUGAGAUGUGUAAAAACACUUAUUCUUAAAUGAUGCUUUUACUAUUUAGGAGAGAGUUUUUGUUAAGGGUGUUUUUGAAGAUUGGCUUUUCCAUAUAGUCUUUCAUUCUUUGACCCUUGGCAAAGUGUACAGUAGAUUUUAAUGAUCAUUGCAUAUCUGUCAUUGAAAUGUAUCUUUUAUGUUUUUCAGUGCAUUCAUUUUACAGUUGUGACUUUAUCAUUGACUUUAAGAAGAAUAAAUAAAAAAUGAAAAUUAAAGUGAAAUCCUUAUCUAUUAAUGCAGAUAUAUUAGAAUAAGAAUAUCUUGGGUUUGGGGUUUGUGUUUUAUUUUUUAAUGAAUUUAUGUUUACCUGAGUAUGGAAAAUUAUGCUUUACUGGUGGAAAAGUAGCAAGUAAAGAUGAAGUAAAAGUAAGUGAAAAUGAUGGGUAAUAUAGUCAUGGAAUUUUAUAGUCAGAUAAAACAGUAAGUAUCACCUAAUUUGGGUGUUUAUUUUGCAGAUGAAAAAACAGACCUAGAACUAUGGCAUGUUUUGCCUGAAACAUAACAGUGAGUUAGAGACAGAGCCUAAGAGAGUAUCCAGCAUCAGAUCAAUCCCAAGAAUCCGUCAACAUCAUAGCUACCCAAGAAGAUAAUUUAAAUCUCUACUGCUUAUUGGUCACUAUAUUUGGUUCUAGUAUUAAUAAAGAAAAAUGUUAUUAAAAUAGCAUACAUAGUGGUAAAAUAAAAUACAAAAAGUACCUGUUGAUUUCUAGCUGUUUGAGAUGAUAAAAGUGCAGCAAAGCUUGUUAAAUCGUUGGAAGACUUGGAAAACUAUUUUAAAUAAACAAUUACAUAUAAUUAAG